GAGUCUAAUGCAUUAGACUCACGAGCAGGUGUUGCAGUCCAGCGUCUCCACCGAGGCAGCCCGUGAUCGACUGCUGAUGGGUCGCACUCGACUCACUCACUCGGUUUGGAUUCGACGGGUUUCGAGUCUCUCCAAAACGCCCCCUUCCCAGUUCUUGCCACUGAGUCACUACCCAGUGCUCAUACUUCCACUCAUACAGUUGUCUCCACAAUUCAGCUCGCAUCUCACAACAUCGCGGAAAUUUUGACGGAGAGAGAAUGCAAAGCGUUUUAGAAGCUCGGUUGCGGAUACCGUGUGCGCAGGCAUCGCAGCUGCCACAAUGUUCACCUUCCGUAAUGAAUGCAAGGUUCAGCAAUGACGCCCACAGCUGGAAUUCGACGGUACUUGGGAGCUCAGCUUUUUUUUCGGGCUCUAGAAUGAGGAUAGCUUACAGAGAAAUUGAUGCAGAGGUAUCGGGAACCAGGCUACGUGUUGUGUCUAUGGCUCGAGAGAGGAGAAUCAAGAUGGUGUCUCAGCAGAUUAAAAGGGAGAUUUCAGAGAUGCUUCUAUAUGACAAAGUUCUGCAGGCGGCUAUUCUCCCGGAAUCAGCACUGGGAGCUGACAUGUAUCUCACCGCAGUAGCUACUAUCAGCGAGGUUGAAAUGUCAAAAGAUUUAUCUGUCGCCAAGGUCUACAUUUCUAUAUACGGAGAUGAAAGGGGACAAGAUACAGCUUUGGAGGGCUUGAAAAAUAAAGCAGGAUACGUGAGGAAGGGCCUUGCACAAAGGAUGAAUUUGAAGUUUACUCCUGAAGUUCGCUUCAUCAAAGACGAGGCCCUGGAGAGGGGCAGUCGGGUCAUUUCGAUUCUCGAAAAGCUGAAGAAGGAGAGAGAAAGAAAGGAGCAAGGUGGAUCAGAUGAUAUUUCAGAGGACGAAGACCGUGAAGACGGGGAGAUGGAAGACGAAGAAGAAGAAGAAGAGACCCCAAGGUCCAAGUCACGACGAUCUGCAGAUGCAGAUGAUUCAGACUGGGUCGAGGAGGAUGAGAAUAUCACAUUUAUUAAGUGAAGGCUCUAGUCGUCGCGCCUAAAAUCUCGUAUCAUUAUUUCGAGUAAAGCUCUCCCAGGCUGUAAAUUAAUUUUAUUUAAUGCCAAAAUUAUGCCAGCGUUUCAAGC